UCACGUCAUUGACCACGUUGACCACGCUUGACCAGGGCCCCACCUGUCAGAGGGAAACGUGCUUCUCCGUCGCCCCGUCGCGACGUCCUCAAAUGCGACGCCACCGCCGCUCGCCGUAACAAACUCUUCCUCGGCUACGGCUACUUGGCCCUCUCGUCUUCCUCGCCACGCCACGCCACGCCACGCCAGGUCGCCAGCGCGCGCGCGGACUCGAUCGCUCACGCCGACCACAGCAUGGAGUACUCGUCGUCCGUUCGGGGCGCCCGGCGGCAGGGGAUGGAGGUCUUCGACGGCGUGGAGUUCGUGCGGCUGCGGAGCUGGGGGUACGGCUCCUACCUCCACGCCGACGAGGACGGGCGGACCGUCUACCUCGGAAGCCUCCGCGGCGGCGCUUCGCAGCACAACGCGGUGUGGGCCGUGCAGCCGCUCCGCGUCGCGGGGCCCGUUGGCCCAGGCGGGCCGUCCAUGCUCCUCCGUGGCGCCUACGGCAGGUACCUCGGGUCCGCCGCCGCCGACCUCGCCAAUCGCUGCCGGUGGUGCCCUCUCCCCAUCAACUCGAUCGAGGCCGCGCAGCGCAACUACGAGUGGUCGGAGGUCAAUGGCGUCGUGUGGCGGGCCUUACACUGCCCCACCGACGUAGUCGAGCGUCGCGAUGCCCGCGGCGUCGUCCGACUGAGCGACUGGAGCUGGCGCUACCUGCGCGCCAACAAGUGUAUCCUGUCUCCCCGUCGCAGAGUCUCCGUCGACAUCUUCGCCGACGACGAUACGGAGGGGCUGUGGGAGGUGGUGGCCGUCUCCUGGAGUCUCCGCAGGCCGGAGCUCCCGAUCGCGACUGAAUACGGAUGGUCCGAGCGAUUCGUCUCGGCAUGCUCCCCACCACUGCGGCGGUUGAUCAUGGUCGAGAAGGCCGACGGCUCCAAGAUUUCGUUUCAGUACAGCGGGAGGUCGGUGCAGCUCCUGAGAGAGGAGCUCGCGUGCCAUGUGAACUACGACUUCACGCUGUGCGUCCGCGCUGGCCGCCAUGGGAGGGUCACCCCUCUGCUCAUCGACCUGCCUCGCAGCCGGGAGACCCUGCACGUCGUCCUCGUCAGGUCCAACAACGAAGCGGAUGAUCGGUUGUUAUUCCCAUAUCUGAAUGCAUCACAGGAAGGCGAGCGCAUGAUACAGAUCUCAUAGAGCCAGAGCAAGGCGAAUCCAUGAUCAAGUGAAUCCUUUUGUGCUGAAUUUCUGACAGGCUCAGGGAACUCGACAGAAGAUUAGUGUAUUGGUUAGAGACUUAAGAGUGGAAAUUUCAGUUCAGCCGAUGCUGGAAUGCAGUUUCAUGUUGCUCUAAGCAUUACAAUGGUGACAAUUAGUAUUCAUGUUUAGUAUGGAUUGAUGACAAGAGUGUGCUUGAACUCCUGCAAUAGCUGAACUAUGAAUUCUGAAAUAUAAAUGAUGAUCUGAGUUCUGAUG